GUACAAUACAAUUUCGAUUUCUACGAGAUAUCGAGUUGGCGAGAACACGACCGUACCGCGCCAUAAUAACCAGAACCCUAAACGCCAUCAGUGACAAUGAUGCACCGUUAGCUUCCGACCUCGUCGUGCACCAGGAAGCGGUGACGUUGCCAAGACCCGAUCCUGAGGAGCGUGCCGAACUUCGCCAUUCCGAAUAAGCGAGGGACAAAUUUACGUAAUACUCUACCACUCUCUCCUCUUCGUCUCUUCCUUCCUACUGGUUCCUUUCUGUUCCUCAUCGCAGCACGGAUUAUUCGUUUUCGUACGCGACAGAGAGAGAAAUAGAUAUCGGUAUAAGAGAGGAACGAGGUACGAAGAGUUUGAAGGAAGAGAGGCAGAGAUAGACGUAGAAUGGUCGGAGAGUGUAGCUCACCACCGCUGCCCGGUAUUUUUAGUGCGACGAGAGUAUUUGGCGGGGCGCACCGAAUCCUCCUCCUCGUCUUCGUGAACGGUCGACGUCGGCCGUCGUCUCCGUGACCGCCGUUGUGGUCGUGCUUCUCUUUAGUGCCUUCGUCGGCGUCCCUGUUGCACGAUGCUCGCACCUACGGCCGAGUGAUGAACCUGCGGCCAGGUCCGCGUCGAAAUUCUCCGGCAAUCGUCGCUGGAUCACUUUUCUAAUCUUCCGAGUAAUCUGUAUAAUCCUUCAAUCUCUCGAUCGUCUUCUGUAUAUUGGCGCGCGUGUGUGUAUGUGUGAUUUUGCAAUCAAGUCGAAUCUGUGAGUCGACUGUUGUUUCUCGCAGCCGUUGUGCGACACAGGGUAAAGAUACAACGUCGCUUGUGUCACGCUGAGGACACUCCGCAAGCUCUAACGGCACGACCUUGAAGCCUGUUGUAACCACGGUCCGAAGAGCUGUCUCGCGUUGGAUAUUCGAGGAAACGCACGCGAGGGAAAACUGACGCGUAUCGAAUCGCGCGAUUCAAAGUGCGAAAACAAACAGAAUUACCGAAGGAAGCUGCCGUGUGGAAUGUAGUCCGGGAAGUUGAAUUCCAUUGGAUUGUUGCACGAAGAGUUUCUUAGAUCAACUUUUCUGAGAGUUGCUAUCGAAAUCAAAGACUCGGUCGUCAAUCAAACAUUGGAUCGUUGGCUGGAGAUUCUCCACGUGGCUUUAGUCGAAAUCGAAACUUUGGAAUUAACAAUCGAUUAAUCAAAUCGUUGGAUGAAGAUCUUUUUGUUGAUUUGGAUCGAAAUCGAACACUUGCAAGCAUCAGAUCGUUGAACGAACAGUUUGCUAUUUGUUUCUAUUGAAAUCGAAGAUUUGGAAGCAGUGGCCAAGCACCGGAUCAAUUGAUCGAGAGUUUCCUAUUUGGUUUCUAUCGAAAUCUAUCGAUUAGAUUGUUGGACGAAGAUCUUCCACUUGGUUUUGAUCGAAAUCCAAGUUUUGGAAGUAUGAACUAAUUACUUAGACGAGGAAUUUUGUAUUUGCUUCUGACAGGUAUCGUUAAGCCAUCGAUCAAAUUGCUGGAAGAUUUUCUACUUUAUUUUCUCUAGGUUUACUAAGAUUUUUCAUGAAGGUAAAAGGUUUGAAAGAAUCAACCAAUCGAGUGGAUAAUUGGACGAAGAUUUUCAACUUACUUUUGACAGAAAUCGAAACCUUGCAACUGUAGAUCGAUUAAUCGGACUAUCGAGAAUUUUCCACUUGAUUUCCAUCGAAAUCAAAGGUUUAUAAGGAUUAAUCAGAAUAGAUAGCCGCGUGAGCGUCGAAACUGUGUCUCGAUGUUCAUCUUCGCGCCACGCGACAACAUGUCGACGUCUCGUCAAGAUUCGACGGGUCGGCGAAGUCGAUACGCGCGCUCUUCGACCACGACGAGCGUCACUCAGCUCCUCAGCGACUCGUGUUCGAAUCUCCUACAACGAUUAACCACCAGAGUACGAGGAAUGUCUACGGUGAACGACAACGUGGGGAACAAACCAUCUGUUACAAGACCAUCGCCGAUCGUCAGUCAAUUGAACAGCGCAAGAGCACGUUUAGAGGACAAGUACUGUACAAUCCUGGACAAAUAUUCGAGAAAGAAGCAUCACGAUCAUACGGAUCGACCGUCCAUCGAGUACAGACGCACUCGCGAACGAGAUCGAGAUCACGCUUAUUAUCGUCGCGAAGACAGCCCGUUUGUCCGCGACGAGAAGACCCUGGAACCUUCGAUGACCCGGACCGUGAUUAAGAGCCAAACCAGCGUGGUGCUCUCGGAAAAAGCGUAUCCCUACGUGAGAUCUCCCACCGCGAAAGAGUUCAAACGCGAGAAAACACCCGGUUAUCAUCGUGUAGACAAACACGCUUUACAAAAUUCAGACGCAUAUCGUAGAUACGGAAGACACAAAUCUGGCCACGCGGAGACGCGUACGAGAAAAGUGAGACCGUAUAGAAACGGUAAAAGCGAGCAAUUGGAAUCUUCGUCCGCUGCUCUUCGAAUAGUUCGGCCGAUGAAAGUGGAGCCUCUGGUGUCGAAAGAGAAGGACGAUGAUCCUGACAAGACACCAACGAGUAGCGUAGUCAGAGAAAACGUCAACGAUGUCAGCGUCCUUCCGAUCAUCGACUCCGAGGAAAGUGAUCCGGCGAUCUCCGAGAGAGUAGCGAAGAGGAAGGAGAUACAGAGUUUGAUCGAGAAGUACGCUGCCAUGGAAGAGACUUACAGUCAAUUGGCUGCAGGAGGUCAAGUGAAGAUGAGGCCUAGCACCACAGAUAUAAUCGCCAGCAAGUAUAGGAAGAGUACUCGUCAAAGCGAGCGAAAAGACGCGUCGAAGAGCGCAAUGGCCGCGAGUGUCGUUAACAACAACGCGGACACGGUCCAGCACGCGAUUAGCCCACGACCGCCCUCCGUCGAGGACGACGAAGACGGCCACCUUGUUUACCAAUCCGGCGACAUCCUGGCAAAUAGAUAUAAAGUACUGGCCACCCUAGGAGAGGGUACUUUUGGAAAAGUUGUCAAGGUUAAGGACUUGCAAAUGGAUCACGUGAUGGCGCUGAAAAUCAUCAAGAACGUAGAGAAGUAUAGAGAAGCCGCGAAGCUCGAAAUAAAUGCCUUAGAGAAAAUUGCGACCAAGGAUCCGGAAGGCCAACACUUGUGUGUGAAAAUGCUCGAUUGGUUCAAUUAUCACGGACACAUGUGCAUCGCCUUCGAAAUGCUUGGUCUUAGCGUUUUUGAUUUCUUGUAUCUACAGAGGGAUAAUAGUUACCAGCCUUAUCCAUUAGAACAUGUCAGGCAUAUUGGAUAUCAACUUUGCUACGCCGUCAAAUUCUUACAUGAUAACAAACUUACGCACACCGACCUAAAGCCAGAAAAUAUAUUGUUCGUAGAUUCCGAUUAUGAGACCAUAUAUAGUAGCAAAAAGCGGAGAGACAUUAGGCGCGUAAAACGGACAGAUAUUAGACUCAUCGAUUUCGGUAGUGCUACAUUCGACCACGAACACCAUAGUACGAUCGUUAGUACAAGACAUUACAGAGCUCCCGAAGUAAUUUUAGAAUUAGGAUGGUCUCAGCCUUGUGACGUAUGGUCGAUUGGCUGCAUCCUUUUCGAAUUGUACCUGGGUAUUACCUUAUUCCAAACACACGACAACCGCGAGCACUUAGCAAUGAUGGAACGUAUACUUGGCACGAUUCCACAUCGUAUGGCUCGUAAGACUAAAACUAAAUACUUCUAUCAUGGUAAAUUAGAAUGGGACGAGAAGAGCUCAGCCGGUAGAUAUGUACGUGACAACUGCAAACCUUUACACCGUUGUAUACUUUCGGACGAUGAAGAGCACCGACAACUAUUCGAUCUCGUCCAAAAAAUGUUAGAAUAUGAACCUUCUCAGAGGAUAACACUGAAGGACGCAUUGGCACAUUCUUUCUUUGAUGCGUUACCUGCACAUCAAAGAUUACCAGAUCUUCGGGCAGCAGGCGAUUCUCAACAAGGUCAUGAGCGAUCACAUUCUCUCUCACGAUGAAGCUAGGAAAGGGACCGACUUCUGUACUGGACAGACACUCCACUGUCAACGACGUUAUUGUCCCACGUCGUUAUUCUGAUACCUUUAAGUCUUAUAAGACUGUACAUUUCCGAUUACAAGCAGAUUCGAUGACAUAAACCGAAUAACUAAACGAAUUUAAACAAAUAGAUAAAAAGAAA